CGUUUGGCUAACGCGGAUUGUCCUCAAGUUUUUCCACAGUGAAUUUUAUCUAACGUGUUGAACGGAAGCCGGCCGAUGCGCACAUCUCGUUGCCGCAUCCCGUUUCACUCGGCCCUCCGCCAAUCGCCUCCGACCUCCGACCAAACGGACCUCUACACCUCAAUUCUCCCUCAGUCUUACUGUAGGCGGCGCGACGCACGGACGUACGCGACUGUCGCUCGGUAUCCGUUCGCGAGCUUUCGAAUCUUACCUGUGGAUUGUUAGUGACAUGUGUCUAUAAAAAAUACAUUAUAUAAACAUUGUGGAUUUUUUUCUGGAUUAACACUGCCCUGUUUCGAGUUCCGGGAAAAUCGCAACAUAUCAUAUUCAAGGUAAAAUUCUGAAACAAAUGUCCGAACAACGAAAGUAUUGGGAAUUUCGAAAAGCAACCAAUUUCGUCGAUAUUCUGAAUGGCUUUGGCCAUUGUUUUUCGUGAAUACUAAUCAGGUUUCAGUUUUUGGGUUGCAGUGAAGAACUUAUAGAUUUGUUUGUGUGCUAUCGCAGUUCUAGUAGAGAUACAAACAUCGCAUCGAAUUUGCAAGAACUAAACUGUAACAAGGACUCGAGCUGAAGAAUAUGGACGAUAAAUCAUGCUCAAUGAGCGCUUGGAAAUGAAACAAAAAACGAGAAAGAAACUUUUCAAACAUAAACGAACCCAGGCCAAGUUAUAGCCACAUUCACCAAAGUCAUGUGAAGUAUAUUUUCAUCACUGAAACUGUCAUAUCGAAGAAGCAUAUCUUGUGACAAUCGUGAAACACGAAGACAUAUCUCAUUAUUAAUGCUAGUCACCCUUUUGUGAUUAUAGAUAGUGUAAACUUUAUUGCUCAAAUUCUAUAAAGAAGAUAUUGAUUUAAAACAUCAUAGAUAUAAAUGAAGAUAAGACUAAAAUAUUCAAGUUUCGAAAAAUGUAUUGAGUGAAUCAAAUAAACAGAGAAGUUCAAGCAGUAUAUAUCUUGGAAAUAAGUAUUGAGAAGAAUGAAAUACUACAGCAUGUUUUUCUUACGGAGGCGGACUUUGAUAUUGAAGGCUGUGCUCAUAUUAACAGCGAUAUGGUUUAUGGUCGCGCUGUUGACUACUAAUGGCGGUUCAAGGAAUUCGAUCGUUGCGCCAGCGAUCGAAUAUGUCGAGGCGGAGGCGAAGCCCUUGAAGAUGGGAAAGCCCACGUCUACAAAAAAGAAGAGUGAAACCUACGGGAAUAAUUUAUCUGAUGCACCAACGCGGGUCGAUUGGAUCGGUCGGCUUUCGGGAAAUGAAGGGCUAGGUGUGAUCGCUGCCCCGGGCUCGGACAACGCACCCGGAGAACUGGGUAAACCGGUCGUCCUACCAAAGAAUAUUAGCGAAGAUGCCAAGUUAGCUGUCUCGGAGGGAUGGAAAAAGAACGCGUUCAACCAAUACGUCAGUGACCUGAUAUCUAUUAGGAGAAAGCUGCCGGACCCCAGAGACGAGUGGUGCAAAGUUCCAGGCAGAUACUUAGAGGAUCUGCCACAAACAUCCGUAGUAAUAUGCUUCCACAACGAGGCAUGGUCGGUGUUACUUAGGACCGUUCAUUCAGUAUUGGAUCGGUCGCCGGCACACUUGAUCAAGGAAAUUAUUCUUGUAGACGACUUUUCUGACAUGCCUCACUUAAUGCAGCAACUUGAUGAUUAUAUGUCAUCGUUACCAAAAGUAAGAAUAGUUCGAGCCACUCGACGUGAAGGUCUCAUCAGAGCACGACUCCUUGGUGCUCGAUACGUUACAGCUCCCGUUCUAACUUAUCUCGACAGCCAUUGCGAGUGCACUGAAGGAUGGCUCGAACCAUUACUAGAUAGAAUUGCCCGUAGUAAGACUACAGUAGUCUGCCCCGUAAUCGACGUCAUCGACGACAAUACCCUAGAGUAUCAUUACAGAGACUCGUCUUCUGUCAAUGUUGGUGGUUUCGACUGGAAUCUCCAGUUCAAUUGGCACCCUGUUCCUGCCAAAGAAAGAGCGAGACACCAACAUACAGCGGAGCCCGUGUGGUCUCCCACUAUGGCUGGUGGCCUCUUUGCUAUAGAUAAAGAAUUCUUUGAAAAAUUGGGAACAUAUGACAGCGGAUUUGACAUUUGGGGCGGAGAAAAUCUAGAGCUGUCAUUCAAAACGUGGAUGUGCGGUGGAACUCUAGAAAUAGUUCCGUGUUCGCACGUUGGUCACAUAUUCAGGAAACGUUCACCAUACAAGUGGCGGACCGGUGUCAAUGUACUGAAGAGAAACUCUGUUCGUUUAGCUGAGGUAUGGUUAGACGAUUAUGCGAAGUACUAUUAUCAGCGUGUUGGUAACGAUAAGGGUGAUUAUGGAGACAUAACUGGACGGAGACAACUGAGAGAAAAAUUAGGAUGUAAAUCGUUCGAGUGGUAUUUGAAGAACAUUUACCCUGAACUGUUCAUUCCCGGAGAAUCUGUUGCUCAUGGAGAGAUCCGAAAUGUCGCCUUCAAAAAGAUCUGUUUGGACUCUCCAGCGCGCAAGUCAGAUCAUCAUAAGCCAGUCGGACUUUACCCAUGUCAUCGGCAGGGAGGAAAUCAGUAUUGGAUGUAUUCCAAAAAUGGCGAGAUCCGACGUGACGAGACAUGUCUGGAUUAUUCUGGACAUGAUGUUGUAUUGUACCCUUGCCACGGUGCCAAGGGUAACCAGCUGUGGAUCUAUGAUGCCCGCCUAAAGUUGCUGAAGCAUGGCUCAAGUGAGAAAUGCAUGGCGGUAUCAAGGAACAAAGACAAGAUUGUCAUGGAGACGUGCAGCGAGUCGGAAUCACGGCAGAUGUGGAGUAUGGAGAACUUCAACGCCAAUAGGUUAGCGCCAGAGCUGACACAAGCCGAGUAGCCGGAGGCUUACCUAGAGGUGCUGUUCAUAUAAACAGCAUAAAGACAAUGAGAAUAACGUGACUGUGACAUAGUGUUAAUUCAAUGGUUCACUUGUUGUCUGAUGCAAUGAAUGCUUGUAGUUAAAUGUGUACUUGUAUAGUGUGAAACGCUGCAGGCUGUUUAGACUAUAAGGCUUCACUAUUUUACACAGGCUUGUUGAACAUACUACAAUGGAGAUAAUUGGUGAGAUUUUGGCGACAUCAUAGCACGUUGAAAUUGCAAUGUCAAUUGAAAUGAGCGUUGCUAGAUAUCCCCAUUUGCUAUGGUGCUGCCAUCUGUAUUAGAGAAUCUAACCUUCUCUAUUGCUAAUAUGAACCCCGUUGAACUCGGCCUAUUAACGACUGAUGUGUUCGAUUUUAGUUUCGCUUGAAUGUCAUUUGUUUAGUUCCUACAGAUUCUGUGCGAAAUAUUAUAGGAAAGUGAAUUUGUGGUUGGUGAAAAAAUUGUGUUAGUUUCAAGAAACAACUGUUAUAAUGAUGGUGCUUGCCUAUGUUUGUCUUGUGGAAGAUCGUUCUUUAUUACUUCUACUAAAAUUGUUAUGUUUUGCUGCUGUUACAAAUCAGCGUUUUAUUGUAUUUCUAUAUUUUUUUCAAUGCGUUUAUUAUUUUACUUGGAAACUUACUAAAUUAUACAUAUCUCUUCGUAAAGAAAAACAUUUAUCGAUAUUUUCAACUAGAAUGGAUGUUUUUGCCGUCUUUUUAUAAAUUUUAAAGUGUUUUAUGUAAAAUUAAUGUUGUAAUAGUAUUCUUUAUCGAGUAUUAACUUACUGGUUAGGAUUUAGUAUAGAUAUUAACUGUACAUAUCUUUGAUAUCUGUAUGCUUCGAUAUUUAUUACGAUUACAUCAAUUUCAAUAUGGACGACCUAAGAAAUGAGUCUGUGACUUGAAUAGAGAAUGAAAGUCGUCUUGAGAUAUUGUAUUGGUAUUUUUAAGCUGUAGCCACUUCAUAAAUCUUCAGAUUAUUGGUUUUCAAGUAGGUAGGUACAGACAUUUUGAUAAUGUUUUUAAAAGAUGUAGAUAACAUUAAAAAACCAAAUUAGAAUAAAAUAAUGAAUUAAUUGUGCUGGUCAUCUUUUUUGGUUCAUAGAUCAAAUACGGUAAUACUUACGAUCGAUUCGGUGUUGUUUUUAAAAAGAUAAUUACGGCUUAAACAUACCAUUACAGAAGCAAGGUCAACAAUGGAAAAUAAGAAUGGUGAUUAAAAAAAAUGGUAAUGACUUUUAGUCCGAUGUAAAUUACAUAAUUGUGAUUAAUUAGAUGUCAUUCAAUAUACCUAUCUAAUAGUUAGUCGUAUUGACUUAUGUCUUAGAAUGUAAAAAUUUUAGUGAAAUUGUAAAUUGUAAUGAUAGAUUUUUAAAACUAUGUUUAUGAAUAUAUAAGUAAAUAUUUUUGUACUCAUAAGUUACUGAGCGAAUUUAUUUUUAGUCACAUUUUAUGUCUUGUGUUAACUUCGACCAUGACUGAUUUGGUAAAAAAAUAUUAGCGGAUACGAAUGACAGAUUGUAAAAGAAAUUUUGUAACAAAGUACAUGAGUUUCUUUUCAACUUUUAAACUAGUUUCCAGAUCCAUUUUAAUAACUGAAUCUUAUACAUUCCUGAAGCAAUUAAUAGAAUAUCAGUCUAAGUAAAUUUCCUUCGAUACGUCUUCAUUAGAAAUAUAACAUUCCUCUUUGUGAUCGAUACGAAAAUAAAAUUAAUGAGUACCUAAAAUAUCCAAUACAGUUUUGAUAGAAAUAUUUUCUAGAAUAUUACCUAUACCUUUAAUUUAAUUACUUCCAUUCUUAACUGUAGACUUUGAGCCAGUAUUUUUAUUUUUCCCCUUGUUAUCUAAGGACAUAAAUAGAUAGUUCUGAAAAGACAUGAUACUGCCCAGUUGUCUUCCUAAUUGUACCCACUUGCUUUGUUUACGAUUGAAAAAAAUAACCGAUAUUAAUCCAACAUCAGUUCUAUUUAAAUGGUUUAUCAUUCUUCAUAGAAUGUCAAUACCUAUCCUCCUAAAGGUCGGCAAUACGCCAGUAACUCCAUUAGUGUUACAAGUGUCUUUGAGUAGGGCUGACUGACCAAUCAGUGGUUGGAUACCAUCAGGUGAUGCGUCUGCUCGUGUGCCUAUACGAUAAAAAUCAACAAUCCAAAGGUUUUAAAUUGGUAUUGGUUAUUGUUUUCAUUCGUUAGUCACUCUCGUCUCCUUUCCCUUACAAUCCCAUAUAACAGUUUAGGUCUACGUAAAUAAUUGACUGAAUAUAAUUUGUGAAUACGGUCGAUUGUGGAAAAAUAAAAUUAUUUUCGAUAAUCAUCGAAAGUCAUUUUAUUUAAUGAUAGCAUUUAUGAUUAAAAUAGAUAAUAAUUCAUUGUUAAAAUUAAUUUUGUGUGUUCACGUUUAGUAAUUAUUGAAUUCCAAUUAUUGCAUUAAUUGUCACAAGAUAUCGCAUAUUAAAUUUUUAAUGGGGAUACAAUUCAGUUGCAUUAAAACAUCACAAAUAUCUAAUACUAUAAUAUUUUCAUUAGAACUUAAUGUUUUUGUGGAAGAGAUUAUUUUAGUUAAAAUUUUAUUCCCAGGUUUUGAUGUAAAUAGCUUCGUAUACUUGAUAUUAUUAUAUAUGGUGUCAUUUUUAUAGUGAGAGGUGUGAAGUUAAUUUUUGUUAUAGAAUCUUACACAUUAGUUAUUCAAGGUUUUAUUCAAGUCUUAUCUAUUGAGUUAUUGAAUUGAAGUAGGUUAUUUAAAUAAAUAAAUAAUAACACUAUUAUCUUCACACCCUGUGCGUGCAAUCUGUGCAUUCGCAAUUGUAUAGUUAGUAAAUUAAUAGAAUUAAAACUAAAUAGAUAUUUAUGAAGUAAGAUGUUUUAAUGUGCCUUAUAACUUUACAUAAUUAUUAUUGAAUGUUGAAAUUUCUGUAUAUAAUGCGGUGUCUCCAAAUGUAAUUAUAAUAGGUAUGUACUAUAGCGUAUCAUUUAGAUGGCGAUUACAUAGUAUUUGUAAAAUAAAGCAUUAUGUUGGAUUUGUA